CGUUGAGCCCCUCCGCGCAAUAAUAGUCCUGGUCAGAAUUUAAAAAAAUGAUAACAGCUCACAAUCAUUGAUAUUGAUGUGCAUGAUUACAACUCAUUGACCAGCAUCAUGGCUUCAAGAAGCGCGGAUAAGAUUGCAAUCAUCUCGGUCUAUGACAAGACUGGUCUUCUGGAUCUCGCAAAGGGCCUUCAAAAGAAUGGAGUGCGUAUGCUAGCUUCAGGUGGCACUGCGCGCAUGAUACGAGAGGCGAACUUUCCUGUAGAAGAUGUCUCUGCCAUCACGAAAGCGCCCGAGAUGUUGGCCGGGCGAGUCAAAACUCUACAUCCAGCGGUUCAUGGUGGUAUUCUCGCCACAGAUUCGGAGAAAGACAAGGAGGACCUCGCACAACAGAACAUCCAGAAGGUCGACUACGUUAUCUGCAAUCUAUACCCAUUCAAAGAUACGGUUGCAAAGAUCGGUGUCACAGUGAAAGAGGCUGUUGAAGAGAUUGAUAUUGGGGGUGUCACUCUUCUUCGUGCCGCUGCAAAGAACCAUGCGAGAGUCACCAUCCUGACAGAUCCCAACGACUACCAUGGUUUCCUGCAAGAGCUAGAGAAGGGAGAUAUCACCGAGCACAAUCGACAACUCUACGCAUUAAAGGCUUUCGAACACACGGCUGACUACGACAGUGCCAUAGCAGGCUUCUUCCGCAAACAGUACGCAUCCAACGGUAUACAGCAGCUUCCUCUCAGGUAUGGCACAAACCCGCAUCAGAAGCCUGCAUCAGCCUACACAAGCCUUCAUGAUCUUCCAUUCAAAGUAUUGAAUGGUUCUCCCGGGUACGUCAAUUUGCUUGACGCCCUUAACGCCUGGCCUCUGGUUAAGGAGCUCGAUACUGCCCUGUCGCGUGCUGCUGCUGCUUCAUUCAAGCACGUGAGCCCCGCCGGCGCCGCUAUUGGGGUGCCGUUGAGCGACGUUGAGCGUAAGGUGUACAUGGUCGAUGAUAUCGACGGGAUCGACACGUCCGUCCUGGCACAAGCGUACGCCCGUGCACGAGGAGCAGAUCGCAUGUCUUCCUUUGGAGAUAUGAUCGCACUGUCCCGCGAGGUGGAUGUUCCAACUGCCAAAAUUAUAUCGAGAGAGGUAUCGGACGGUGUCGUUGCUCCUGCUUUCAAUGCUGAAGCCCUCGAGAUCCUAAAGAAGAAGAAGGGCGGCAAGUAUUUGGUGCUCCAAAUGGAUCCUGACUACGACCCCCCGACCCAAGAAACCAGAUCCGUUUAUGGAAUUCAGCUUUCACAGCACCGUAACGAUGCGCUAAUCAAGCCUUCGGCAUCGUUCGGUAGUAUUAUCACACCAAAAGAUGGUUCACUCUCUGAAUCGGCCCUUCGAGACCUUACAGUAGCAACCAUUGCACUCAAGUACACCCAGUCCAACUCAGUAUCCUAUGCGCUCAAUGGCCAGCUGAUCGGUCUUGGUGCGGGUCAGCAGUCCCGAAUUCAUUGCACGCGAUUAGCUGGUGAUAAAGCCGACAACUGGUGGAUGCGAUUUCACGAGAGAACACUUGGGUUGAAGUGGAAAAAGGGAACGAAAAGAGCAGACAAGAGCAAUGCCAUUGAUCUUUUGACUAGCGGGCUAGUGCCGGAGUCGGGCAUCGAGAGGGAGGACUUCGAGAAACAUUUCGAGGAGUCUCCUACCCCUUUCACCGCAGCCGAGCGCAAAGAGUGGUUAUCCAAAUUGUCCGAAGUUGCAUGCUCCAGCGAUGCAUUCUUCCCGUUCAUUGACAACGUUUUCCGCGCUGCACGAUCAGGCGUGAAAUAUGUUGCAGCACCCAUGGGCUCACAGAAUGAUCACCCUGUCGUCGAGACUGCAGAGAAGCUUGGUAUCACCUUCGUGGAGCAACAUCUUCGACUGUUUCAUCAUUAGUCACACCCAUUCUUCAUAUUUCGCCUCAUAGAUUGGCGGAAGAAGAUGAACCUCCCAAC